CCGACCUGCGCACGCUGCCACUCCGCGGUAUUUACUGGGGUCAGUUUUUACCAUACGCAGCGUCCUAUUCCCUUGAGUUUUAUUAUUGGGUUCGCAAGUACUCUGUCGAGGGACGUUGCGCAGCAGUUUGUCUCCUACAAGCCGCUGCAGCGGCUGGUGCGUCUGCCGUACAGCAGCGAGAGGGAGCCGGAGUUCAGUAGCUUGUACAUGGACCACGAGGACAUGAUGGUGGGGAUUGUCCUUCAGAAGGCGGAAUAUGGAAGCCUGACCUUUGUGAAGGAAAGUACGUGUAGGUUUCAUUACGUGCGUAACGGUCCACGCCUCGCCCCCGUGAGGCAAAGUUCCGUUGUUGUGCACCACAUCAACGAAGAGGAAUACGAAGUGUUGAUGCGCCGCUUUGGGAAGGAUACUUCCCCUUCUCCCAAGAAAUACCGGCGCAUGAAGGGAGGUUUUGUUUUUGAUUGUCAAUAG